CGAUUUCUCUGUGCUCGAUCCUAUUUUAACAGCUCUGGCAUUUGAUAGCUUGCUAGCUAACUAAUAAAAUGUGUAUUUCUUUGAAAUGCAGCCAAUUCUAUGUAUUUGUUUCUAUAUUUAUUUUAUUACGAGCUCUUUCACAUGUACGAGAGAUUGGUAGAGAAGUGGUACUACAGUUGGUAAUCACAGGGUGUGCUUACGGCAAGUGAAGACCAGAUGGCGGUAUUUUUCCUUUUUAGCUAGUCUACAGGCACUGACUGGGAGCGCACGGUGCGUGAUCCCUGUGCGUUUUUGGAGAUGAUCAUUUCGACUGGAGCUGUGGACAGGACCGCCUCAGCUGCCCAUUUAAACCAAGGGAAUGUAUUCUCAAGAUUUUAAUGGUUACGGAAACUGAAGUGGUCAAUGUCAACGCUUCCUCCGAGGGCGAUGGGCCGGCGUGCGGGUGAGCCAACGUGAGAACAGGGUCCCUCGAAAGGAACCGCUUUGGUCCGCUCGCACAUGGGAACCGCGUCACCCACCCUUAUCCGCGUUUUAACAGUUUGAAAGACGGACUCCGGAGCACAGAGACAUGUCCAGAGACAACAUGACAGAUGUACGAGGGGCCCAUUCACACAGUGCGAGCCCGGCGUCACCCAAGGAGAAUGGACACGCCGUGCCCAGCCCGGUUCAGCCCAACUUUCCCCAUCCCUCAGCGGGGGACAUACCCGACGAUACCCCGGUGUCCUCGACGAGCGAGCUGACCCAGACUUGGGUCCACGUCGCUAAAACGUUUGUUCUCAUUUUCCCCAUUUACGCACUGGGCUAUUUCGAGUUCAGCUUCAGCUGGCUGUUGAUCGGACUUGUUAUCUUUUUCUGGUGGAGGAGAACCACAGGAGGGAAGCACAGCCGCCUGAACCGAGCUCUCGCUUUCUUUGAGCAAGAGGAGAGAAGUGUCAAGCAGAGUCUGACGACCUCUGAUUUGCCACCAUGGGUCCACUUCCCAGACGUCGAGCGAGUCGAGUGGCUAAACAAGACGGUGAAGCAGAUGUGGCCCUACAUCUGCCAGUUUGUGGAGAAACUGUUCCACGAGACCAUCGAGCCAGCGGUGAAGGAGUCCAACUCCCACCUCAGCACCUUCUGCUUCAGCAAGAUCGACAUAGGAGACAAACCCCUGAGGGUCAACGGGGUCAAGGUCUACACAGAAAAUGUGGACAAGAGACAGAUCAUCAUGGACCUCCAGAUAACCUUUGUUGGAAACACUGAGAUUGAUGUAGACAUCAAACGCUACUACUGCAAAGCUGGCAUAAAGAGCAUCCAGAUGCACGGCGUGUUGAGAGUGGUGAUGGAGCCGUUGCUGGGUGACAUGCCCCUCGUCGGGGCUCUGUCCGUGUUCUUCCUCAAGAAGCCGCUUCUGGACAUAAACUGGACCGGCCUCACAAACAUACUCGACAUUCCCGGACUUAAUGGCUUCUCUGACAGUCUGAUUCAAGAUAUCAUCUACAAAUAUCUGGUUUUACCCAAUCGUAUCACCAUCCCACUGGUCGGGGACGUGGAACUGGCCAAGCUGCGCUUCCCCAUGCCAAAGGGAGUCCUGAGGAUUCACUUCUUGGAGGCCCAGGACCUGGAGGGGAAGGAUAAAUUUCUCGGAGGGUUGAUCAAGGGCAAGUCCGACCCCUAUGGCGUCCUGCAGAUCGGCAACCAGCUGUUCCAGAGCAAGACGGUGAAGGAGAGCCUCCAUCCCAAGUGGAAUGAAGUUUACGAGGCACUGGUGUACGAGCACUCAGGCCAACACCUUGAAAUUGAGCUGUUUGACGAGGAUCCGGACAAAGAUGAUUUCCUGGGAAGCCUGAUGAUCGACAUGACCGAGCUGCACAAAGAACAGAAAGUUGAUGAGUGGUUUGACUUGGAAGAAGCUCCUACCGGGAAACUCCAUCUAAAACUAGAGUGGUUAUCUCUCCUCUCCACUCCUCAGAAGCUGGACCAGGUGCUGCGAAGUGUGCGUGCAGACAGAAGCCUGGCCAAUGACGGGCUAUCGUCAGCACUGCUUGUGGUCUAUCUGGACUCAGCAAAGAACCUGCCAAGCAACCUGUCAGAUUUCACCUAUGACGGGUUGAAGCAAGUCUCAGUCUUUAAGGCCCUGAAGUCUGCAAAGAAGAGCAGCAGUGAACCAAGUCCGUACGUCCAAAUGACUGUUGGACACAAAACACUCGAGAGUAAGAUCCGGUUCAAGACCAAAGAGCCGCUGUGGGAAGACUGCUUCUCAUUCCUCGUUCACAACCCGAGGAGGCAGGAGCUGGAGGUGGAGGUGAAAGAUGACAAGCACAAAUGCACCCUGGGUAACCUGACGGUGCCUUUGAGCAGCCUGUUGGUGGAGGAGGACAUGACGCUGACUCAGUGCUUUCCCCUCAAGAACUCCGGGCCCAGCUCCACCAUCAAACUGAAGAUGGCCCUGAAGAUCCUGUCCCUGGAGAAGCAGGUGUCCUCGGACCUGCCCUCCUCCGUCCAGGUCAAGAAGUCCAGUGUGCCACAGCCAGCCACAGCCCCCUUCCAGAGACGAUCGGUCUCAGACUCCCCCUUACCUCCGCCCACGCCUCCACAACCUUUAAACGCUUCCACCUUCACCCUCCAGCAAAGGGACGGCGAGCCGUACUCCGCCAGCCCUCUCCGCAGUGUCUCCAACCUGAGCACCUGCAUGUCCAGCUCCCAGAAACACCUGCCUCACAAGGAGUCCACGCCCAGCCUGGCCUCGGACAUCUCGCUGCCCUUUGCCACCCUGGAGCUUCAGCAGAGGCUCCGUCAGCUGCAGAACGGCUCGGCCCCGAGCCAGUUCCCCCUGGGCGAGGUCCAGCUGACGGUUCGACACAGCUCUCAGAGGAACAAACUCAUUGUGGUGGUGCACGCUUGCCGAAACUUGAUAGCCUUCACCAAAGACGGUUCGGAUCCCUUCAUCCGCCUCUACUUGCUGCCUGACAAGAGCCGGACAGGGAGGAGGAAGACGGGCACGAUAAAGAGGACCCUUAACCCCGUUUAUGAUCAAACGUUUGAGUUUAGUGUUUCGAUGGUGGAGCUCCACAGAAGAACUCUGGAUGUAGCAGUGAAGAACGGGGGGAGCAUCCUCUCCAAACAUAAAGGGCUUCUGGGAAAGGUGCUGGUAGAUUUAAGUGGGGAGGAUAUCUCAAAAGGAUGGACACAGUGGUAUGAUCUGACCGAAGAUGGUUUGUCGUCUCAAGCAUUAAGAAGUAUUCAUGACCCCCUCCUCACAUAGUGAAAAACUGCAUCUCCGCUGUAAUAUCUUGUUAAUAAAAGGGCACAUCAUUUUGUUUGUAUUCAUGUACAUUUUUCCAUUUAAUUUACGGCAUUUAUUUCAGCAUGCGAGACGUUUUUUCAAACUUCCGGUCAUCAUUUCAUUAAUGAUCAUGACUGGAAGAUGUAACAUAUUGCAGUGUGUUGAGCCACACUAACUGCCUUGUCUCUGUCGUGUUUUUAAUGUAAAUAUCAAGUUGCUCAUGUAUAGUUACAAGACUUUGCAGGGGUUUCCAAGGCAUUUUUUUAUUUAAUUACGUUAAAUUAUAUUGAAAUCUGUCUUGCUCUCUGUCCAGUUUGUUCAAACGGGAUGAAUUGAGUGUUUGUUGACUGAGGAAAAAAACUCUUACCAAAGGAACAGUUGCGAUCACAAAAGUAGGCUUGAGUAGCAGUCUUGACUUUGAUAUGUUUUUGUGUCAUGAGUGUUAUUUGACAGUUUACCUCUUCUUGUUCUUUAUGCUUGGUUACAAAAACACGGAAUGCACAUAUGCAACGAAUAAAAACAACUGCUCUGUACGUUUUUAAGAGGACUUUGUGCAAUAUUGGUUGUUCUGAACUGAAGACCUGGGGGCAUUUUUUCUAGGGCUAUGAACAAGUGCUGUGUAGUGUGUGAAGAAUAAAAGAGGAUACUUGAAUAAGGGUUUGAUCGUUGUUCAAACCUGACGUGAGUUGAGCAAAUGGAAUAAUACGAACAGAGAUGAAAGUUACUGUGUUUUGGGAGCAGGGAUGCCAGGACGUGUUAAGAUGACACAGCUACUGUAUGCCAUGGGGCUUGUACAUGUUUUGCCAUGCGAUCAUAACUGUUUGUUGGAGCAUUUAAAUACUUUUCUUGUUAUAUAUCCUGUGCCUUAAAAAAAAUGCUAUGUAAUGUUUUUGCCUUCUUACUGUUAUUAUUUUGAAUGAUAUGAUGCCUCAUGGGUUUUGAAGAAUAAAUGGUUUCUCUUGUGAAAAAUG